AUGACGCAAUUAAAACAGAAGCAUCCUGAGCCACAACCUGCAAAGCUCGGAUCGGUAUUAUUUGGCCCGCUCAAUGACGAGAUACCCGAAUCUAUUUACUCACAGAUCAAUGGUGAGAUGGUUAGACAAGCCGCUUUGAGAACAAAGGGAUCAGGAGGCCCGUCGGGUGUCGAUGCCAACGGCUUUAGAAGAAUGUUGGCAUGUAAGUCCUUUAAGCAAUCAUCUACGAGACUGUGCGAAGCUAUAGCCAGAAUGACCAAUACUUUGUGCACACAAUAUAUCGAUCCUACCACUAUUGAAGCAUUGAUUGCUAGUCGUUUAAUUCCCCUAGACAAAGGCGAAGGUGCGGUAAGACCUAUCGGAGUAGGAGAGGUAAUAAGGAGAAUAAGUGCAAAAUGUGUUAUGAGCUUUGCAAAGAAGGAUGUUGUGGAAGCAAGUGGAUCGUUACAAUUAUGCGCCGGGCAAAAGUCUGGAAGUGAGGAUGCAAUACAUGCAAUGAACACCCUGUUUGAAGCUGAUGACAUUGAUGCUGUUUUACUUAUUGAUGCUUGCAAUGCAUUCAAUGCACUCAACAGAACUGUGGCUCUGCAUAACAUCCGUGUGUUAUGUCCGAUAAUCGCUGCCUACGCUAUAAACACCUACAGACAGCCAACUCGGCUGUUUAUUGUUGGCGGCAAAGAGAUUGCCUCAGCAGAAGGAACCACACAAGGAGAUCCUUUGGCAAUGGCCUUUUAUGCGAUAAGUACCCUGCCUUUGAUCACGAGUCUACAGGCUGCUUCUACCGUGAAGCAGUGUUGGUUCGCAGACGAUGCGAGUGGAGCUGGUCGUGUGACACAAAUCAAAGAUUGGUGGGAUGCAUUGGAUACUCUUGGUCCAAACUUGAGAUAUUUUCCGAAAGACGAGAGAUGCUGGAUUAUUGUUAAGCCCGAAAAGGAAGAAAGUGUGAGAGAAGUCUUCCAUGGAACGGAUAUCAAUGUAACAGUGCAUGGGCAGAAACAUCUGGGAGCAGCGCUAGGUUCACGAGAGUAUCUGGAGGAAUAUGUUAAUGAGAAGGUCUCUAAUUGGGUCAACAAAGUGACAGAAUUAGCCGAAUUUGCACUGUCCCAACCAAAAGCGUCCUAUGCCGCAUACACAUUUGGUUUGAAACAUCGUUGGACCUACUUCCUAAGAACCCUGCCAGACAUCCAGGACCUACUAGAGCCACUCGAAAAGGCAAUAUCGCAGAUUCUCAUCCCAGCUAUCACAGAUCACCAGCGCAAUCCACUCGGUCGGGACAUUCUAGCACUUCCAGCACGCCUAGGUGGCCUGGGCUUGGAAAAUCCAAGUCAUGAGGCAGAACGUCAGUAUGUGUCGUCAAAAAGAGUGACAGCACCCCUUGUUGAUCAGAUUGUAGCGCAGUUCCAUCAGCUACCCGACGAGUCGCAUAUAAAAUCAGCGCAACAAGCCGUUAUAAAAGAAAGAGUGCAAGAGUAGGAGGAGAGGGCAGAACGUAUUAGAGAGAGUGCACCACCAAGAAUUCAGCGUAUAUUAGAUGUGGCUUCGGAAAAAGGAUCAUCUUUGUGGCUCACAGCACUUCCCCUAAAAGAGCAGGGAUUCAACUUGAAUGAGAGAGAAUUUCGGUACGCCGUAAAGCUGCGCUAUGAUUGGCCAAUCGACGACAUCCCCUCCAUAUGUGUAUGUGGGGAUACAUUCAUGGUCGACCAUGCCAUGAUCUGCAAACGUGGAGGCUUUGUAAUUAUGCGCCACAAUGAGUUAAGAGAUCUGGAAGCGGAACUCCUCAACAUUGUCUGUAGUGACGUCCAAGUUGAGCCUGUCCUACAAGACAUCUCGGGAGAGCAACUAAAUGGAGGCUCGAACAGAGCACCUGAUGCUAGACUCGACAUUCGUGCUCGUGGGUUCUGGGAAAGUCAACGAUCAGCCUUUUUUGAUGUAAGGGUUUGUCAUCUCAAUGCUGAUUCGUACAAGGACCUGGAGCUACGCCAAGUCUACAAGAUACACGAAAACGAGAAAAAGCGCCUAUAUGCAAGGAGAGUGCACGAAAUAGAGCAAGGAACAUUUACGCCACUCGUAUUAACCACCACAGGCGGUAUGGGCAAAGAAUGUGUGAGAUACCAUAGUCGAUUGGCAGAGUUGGUAGCCAUGAAGAAAGGCGAAGAUUAUGCGACAACUAUGAGUUGGAUAUAGAGCCAGAACCUCAUUCGCUUUAUUGAGAUCGGCACUUACCUGCUUGAGGGGUUCAAGGGCAAGGAAAAUCAUGUAUGAUAUUAAGAACAUUGAUUUCAACAUUGAGAACGCCGAGAGUGCUAUCUCUCAAACAUUUUAGACUGUACAUAUACAAAGUUUAGUUGUUUAGUUAUUUAGCGGAAUAUCUUAGUUUAGUUAUUUAAAUUAUUAAAUUAAAUUAUUACUUAGCGGUAAAUAUUUUAAUUAUGUAGCGGUAUAUGUUCCAGAGUUUGUUUUUAAAAUUUAACUGUACAUAUCAACAAACAUUUAGACACUUUUUUAAUUAUACCCAAAGAACAGAUUAUUUAAUAUAGUCAUUGAUAACAAAAGAAUUAUUGUAUAUAAUGAAAUGAUGAAUAAAGUUGUAGUAUUAUUAUUAGUUGUAUAUAUAAGCUAAAUAUGCAUUUAAUAAAGUUUUCAUUAUUAUUAUUAUUAUUAUUAUUAUUAUUAUUAUUAUUAUUAUUAUUAUUAUUAUUAUUAUUAUUAUUAUUAUUAUUAUUAUUAUUAUUAUUAUUAUUAUUAUUAUUAUUAUUAUUAUUAUUAUUAUUAUUAUUAUUAUUGUUAUUAUUAUUAUUAUUAUUAUUAUUAUUAUUAUUAUUAUUAUUAUUAUUAUUAUUAUUAUUAUUAUUAUUAUUAUUAUUAUUAUUAUUAUUAUUAUUAUUAUUAUUAUUAUUAUUAUUAUAUCACUCUUAUCGGGUUUGUUAUACUGGGGGGCUUAGUCACCCACUUUUACUUCUGGGCGGGGGAGGGGGGGGGGGAGAGGCUGUAGCUCCACUAGUUCCCUGUUCCGCCGGCCCUUAUAGAUAUCUUAUGAAAAAAGUGUUAGCCCAGAUUACGUAUUGAGAAGGUGUGAACUGGUGUCCAUAAUGAAGACGUCUAUUGUAUCUUCGCGGUGAAUUAUCGCGAAUAGAGUAAAAAAAUCUUCAGUGUUUUCGACAUCUGGCAUCUUCGAACAGGAUCGUGAGUUUAUUAGAGAAAUUAUACUUGUGUUUACUGUGAUUUCAAUCGAAUUUGGCUUCAAAUUUCCAGAUGGAGGUAGCGUUUUCGCUGUAUCCAUAUUCAUGACUCGUUCCCAUACCUCACGAUAAAAAAUAAGAGGCGAAAAACCACGGGAAAAUCAUGAAAAAUACGGAAAAAUUACUGACGACGUGACUCCUGACCAACGGGAAACAGGUUCUUGUCAAAUCUUGUGGGUACCCCCCGAAAAGCCUCCCCCAGGGGAAACCACUGACUGGUGCAAUAUGGUCAGCGCCGUAAAUUUGUGCUAAAGGAUCCCCGGCUUUAAUUGGAAUAGGUCCCUGGUCGUGGCUAUUUAAUAAUUGAGACAGGGGAGGGAGGGGAGGCUACGUCAAAACGCGACGGCGGAGGGAGGGUGGCUACGUGAAAAACAUACAUCAUUUGCUGAAAUACUUCAACUUCGCCACUUUGUCACCCUUGUCCAGGGGCCUCCUGAUUGAUUUGGACCCCUGGCUUGAGCCAGGCGGCGCUCCAAUGAAUUACGCCAAUGAUUAUGGCGAUGAAUGUACUUGUCAAACAUCACACGUCCAAAACAAAACAAUACUGAUCAAUUUCAGCUACAAAUAUUGAAGAAUAUAUGGGGGAACAAAAUGGAAUUGUUUUUGUGGUGCAUACUCUCAUAUUUUUUUCAAAACAAGAAUAAAUUCGCGACGUUCUAGCUUGGACGUGAAAACGCACUAAAUGCCGUCCUAAACACAGCACGAACGGCAUAUAGUCUAAACCAGAGGUAAAAUUCCCACAUUUCACGCCAUUUUCACGUCUUUAACGCUAACCCAGGUUUAAAAUUUAACAUGCUGUUUUGCUUCGAGUACAUUUGCACUUCUUUUUAUUUCAAAACUUUGGGGGGGGGGGGGAACUUAUAUUGAUCGAGACAUGAAUUGUGGAAAAGUAUGUGCAUGUUUCUAAACAGGUUGUUGAGAUGGUUUCUCAGUUGAAACAUUCGUUAACCUAUAAUUAAGGUUACAGAACACCUUUGAGUAUUAAUUUUGCCUAAAAUUUUUUUAUUGGUUUCCAUGAAAGCAUUAUAUUAGUUCUACUAUCUGACCAAGUUUGAACGAAAAAUGUUCAAAACUCGCAGAGUUAUUUAAUAAAAUACAUUUCGCUGCAAUAAGAAAAACAUUGAAAAUGUAAUAUUCAAAUUCAAUUUUCUCCCGAAGAAUUUUACGGUAAUUACUGAUUUUCAAACGAGUUGUGCUCCUGCGGGUUUUAACCAAUCUUUCUUAAAUUUUCACAGCACAUAGCUAAAGACGUUAGUUUCAAAAUUGUGUUCGGCUUUUUUUUUAAUUUUGGAUAUUUUAAUAAUAAAGAGCAAUUCACUCAAACAAUUCAGAAAUAUAUUGCAGUCGUCAAAGAAACGCCAUAUCAGCGGAAUGACGAAAUAAACAAAAAUUUCCGAUCACAAUUUUUUAGAACAACUUUCUUACUGUAUAAAAAUGAUAUUUUCAUAAAUAUAACUUAAAACCAGCAGGAGCACAACUCAAAAGCGUAACGGUACCGCGAUUUAAGAUCUUCCUGAAUAAUUCUUACAUUAUUUUAUUGUUUGUUAAUUUUACAACUUUGCCAUAUUUUGCAUGCACUGGCGAACAUUUGGUGAAAAUUUGAUUAAAAUCGGACUGAUAUUGAGCGGGCAGUAGCGAUUCUCCGCAAAACGCCAAAAAGUGUGUCCUGUAACCUUAAGCCAACCGGCUUUCCAACAAUCGGCUCCGGAUAUUUAUCAUAAAAUAGUUAUUUUCCUUGCGUUGCGUUCCCCCGCAGCUCUAACACUCAUCAAUGCGUGGGGAUAAUCAAUUGUUAGUUAGUCUCACAUAAAUAACACAUGAACAGAAACACGUAUCUUAAAAUUUCUUAAAUGUAUGAAAUAACAUUGUAUUCUGACAAUGCAUACUUUGCUGAUGCGAGUUGAUAAUUUAGAACACAAAAAUACUAUUUCUCGGUGUUUUCCGCGGUCGUAUUUUUACAUUUUUACCUCUAAAAAAUUCAUUCGAAUAGUAGGUGACGGUAUAUUCUCGUUUGAGAGGGAGGAGGACUACACCCUCUUUGCCAAAUCCAUAUUUUCGAAAGAAUAUAUCUCUCAUAUUUUGAAGCAAUUACUUAAUUUGCAUGACCUUAGCUUACUCUAAUAAACCUGUAAAUCAAAAUCAAAUAUCCUGGUUCACUCUUUGUUUAGUCCCAAGCAGUCCUCGAAAUGUCACAGUGAUUGUUGAAGGAAAUGCUCUUGAUGUGUUAUGGAUGCUACCAGAAUAUCCACAUGGUAAAAUUAAACAUUAUAUAGUGUGGUGGAGAAGAAGUAAUAGAAACGAAAUUUAUAUGAAGGAAAAUGUCACCUCAAGUCCUUUCAUAAUAAAACAUUUAGGCAAGUAUUAAGUUAUAAUAGUUUUGUUUGUGGAAACACCACGUAAAUUUAUGCUAUUUAAGUAUUAAGUUACUACUAUGCUUGUCCAUUGUAAAAAAACAUCAUAGUUAAAAUAUUAUCCCAAGUUUAGAAAAAGCGAAGCCGAAUUUCAUGACAGUUUCUGCAAAUCCGAUGUCUGAAUCCAAGUCCCAUUUUAUUUGUAUCGAGGUUCAAUUAGUCAUUCAAAUCGGAAUCGAACUAAACUAUUUAUUUCAUUUUGAAUAAAAUCUGGCAUGCAUCAAGGCCGGCGAGAGGGGGGGGGGGUGGCAGAGGGUGCAAAAUACCCGGGGCCCGGAGUGCUCAGAGGGGCCCGGAAAUCGUCGUGAUCGAUCGUAAAACGUACCAAAUGUGAAAUAGAUGAUUUUUCGAUCGUUUCCUCAGCAAAAACAGUUAGCUGCACAUCGUUCACAUUGCGUUUUUAUCAGUUAUGCGGCGAUUUCUUGCAAGUAAUUCGCUGGUAAUUCUCUCGUUGAUUGCGAUUAAAAAUAGACUUUGGCGUGGCCAUGCGCCAGCGGGAGAGUCGAGGGGGACAGGGGGCCCGUGUUCAGCAAUUCGUCAUUUUUUCCGGGGGCCCGUGGUUGGCUCUCGCCUUGGCAUGCAUAAAUUUACAUAAUCAUCAUAAUUUUAUUUUUGUGGUGCCUUUCAGCGGAAUUCCAUUUCGGAAAAUCUAGAUUUCAAAAGUUUCUCGUAGGGGAGAAUCCCCCACCACCCCUUAAGUCGGUCUAAUUUAUUGAAUAAAAAUUCAAAACUAAAGGACGCACUCCAGGUGACUGUACUAAAUGUUCAUGAAUAUUAACACCAGUUUUAAUUCUGUAAAUACUAUGGCUUCCCAAUCAAACAACUGGACAUGCUGUUUAACACUUUAAUUAUGCCUAUAAUCACUUACGGCAUAGAACUUUGGGGAGGCGCAUACUUCAAUAAAUACAUUAGUCAAACAGACAAAUUCAUCAAUCGCGCUCACAGAAAUGGUUACAUAUCGGAAAAAUUGAAUAUUAAGGAGAUAAGCAUCAAAAGGGACAAGAAACUUUGGGAUAAAGUAAUACAUAAUAAAGAUAAUGCACUACAGGAGCUUUUACCAGAUAAAUUAAAUAGACACCUUAGGCCAAGGGGACACGAGUUUGAACUUCCAUUAGUGAGAACAGAGCGAUUUAAAAGUUCUUUUGUAAAUCGAUGUUUGUUUAACUUUGUUUAACCAAUUUUAACCUUUACCUUUUUAACAUUAUUGAUAUUUUUAUCCAUAACUGUAUAUAUCUAGUUAUUACCUUAUAGAUAUCAAUAAUUUUAUCUUAUAUAUUUUUAUAAUGUAAACUCACAGACGGGUGUUCUUGAGUAUGAAUAAAGACUGUUAUUAUAGCACUGAGCGUACGGCGACGAAUAUCUUUCACAACGGAAAAUCACUAGAGAAGUUGUAAUUUUUCCUGGCCCCAAAACGUUUCGGUGCGAAUCUUACGGUACAAAUUACUUUACUCUCUGUAUUCUGGUUUUAGAAAAAUUCACGUCUUAUUCAAUCAAAAUUCAGGCCGUCAAUUAUGUUGGAAUUGGAAACAGUUCAGCCCCUGUACUUGCUCAAACGACACUCGCCGAGCCGUUCGACGAUAAAAGCUCAAACGCUGGUGCUACCGCAGGGGCAGUGAUUGGGGGAAUACUUUUUGUUAUUCUGUUGUUGAUCGUUCUGUUUCUUCUGCGAAGAAAAAUCUUGAAAAGACGGCACAAUGAAGCAGUAACGGUAAGAAAGAAGUUUAUAUGCUUUUAUUAUAAUAGAAUAAUAUUAUAAUAAUAACACCAUGAAGUUCCAAUUCCACAUAAUAAAAGAACAUUUCGAUAUAUCUCCCUAAGAUUUAGUAAUUCACAACGGCCACCAACAAUAACCACAACUAUAAUCUGAUCUCUUGUAUUUGUCUGUCUCAAAUAAUCCCCAAUAAUUUUCAUGGUACUGAGCGCAUAUGCCCUUUUGUGCUUGGUGUGGGAAAUUGGUACACUAUAAUAAUCACCAAAAUAGUUGUAUGCUCAGCUAGCUAUACUAUCAUUACAUGCAACUAGGUUGAAAUAUAUUUCUCCUUGUUUUAUACCUGACAGGUACCAUUAACCAGAAUUAAUACUUUUGAAAGGCGAAACAUAUUAGUUUUGAAAUGUUUCGGGAGUAACGUAACUUUCAAAAUUCUAUUUCAUGACUUGAUCGACAAAUGAAGUAAUGCUCGACAUGCACAUGACAGAAAUAUAUCGGCCUAUCAUCAGCCAAUAUACAUAAGGUUACUUUAAACAAAAUUAUGGUCGAUCUUUCAAAUGAGACAAAAUAAAUAUUUGUUGUCAUGUUCACCUGUAUACAUCAUGAUAAAUUAUGAGAAAAUUACCUUCAGUAUAAAUUGAGCAUGGAGAUUGCUCAUCUUAUCACAGGGAUUUCAAACAUGGCAUUUAAGUCGCAUGGAUGGACAAGAGCCAGAGUCAGAGUCACAAACAGGUUGGUCAAAUUUGAUCUAACUGCAUGGGUACAUAUUUUUGUAUCAAUCUUUAUAGUGCAGAUUUAUCUCAACUACAAUAAUGUUUAGGUUAUUGUUUGAAUUACAGUUGCUGAUUUAGUUACAGUUCCACUUAAGGUGGCUCCCUACAGUUAAAGAAACAGCAGCGAAAAAUAAGGUCUUCAUAAUGACGCAAAAUAUUUGCUAUUUAUGUGGAAAGGGGAUUGUUUUGGAAGUAGAAAUGCUUGCGUAAUGAUUAUACUUCAAGCAUAAUCGUUCUAAAGAAGCAAAUGUGUGUUACUAUGGUAACGACGUGGCCUAAGUGACAGCAGACAAAGAUCACAUUUUGGACUAAAAAUGAAUUUAUUGACAUUUCCUUCGGUGAAAGUUUCUGAAAUUUUGCAGGUGUAAAGGGAACAUCUAGCGGAAGAUUAUCUAAAAAUUUAAGGGGGGUGGUAUAAAUUCAAUUUUUGAGAUAUUUCGCGAAAUUUGUUCCAUAAAAACUGUUUUAUAGAAUUUUUUUGAAAAUUGAGUAUGUUGUAAUAAAUUACUAGUACUUUUAAAAUUUCAGAUUAAUUGACCGAAGGAAAAAAAAGGUUAUUGCAUUACAAACCUUGGGCAGUCAUAUGGAAAACGUGACAAAAUUUCAACUCGAUAAGACACUUCAUUGCGUCACCAGUCCCAUGCCACCUUAAAGUUGCAUUUAUAUUUAGGGUUAGAGUAACAUUUUUAUACUUUUAUUUACUUACUUUUUCCACAUAUUAAUAACUGUUACCGCUAUAAGUACAGUUACAAGCAAUUGAAUUUUGCUGAAGACGAAUAUAUACACGUGUCGUUGAAUAUUGAAUGAAUAUAUAAAAUUUGUCAUUUUUUCUGGUUUGUAUAAACUACAAGCAGCAAUGCAUGCGUACAGUUAUUUUGGUAGAAACAAACUCGUCUCUAGGUGCGUUCUAGUUUGAAAUGAAAUUCUAUAAGAUUUUAACCAAAUUAAAACGAUUAAAAUAUUUUAGAUCAAUCGGAAGAUCUAUCUUAUGUGGCGAUUUUGAUGGAUUGGGAAAUUAUGCCAGACAGUCUCAAAAUGUUGGAAACAACCCUGGGCAAAGGAAAGUUUGGAAUUGUUAAGCAAGGAUUAUUAACAACUGGUGAAAGUGACCCUGAAGUUGUUGCUGUGAAAAUGUUAAAAGGUAAGAAAUUAUCUUUUAAUUAG